AAGGUCGCGGGGGCACGAGACGUUCCUUUCGCUGCUCCGGUCGCUAUGUAGUGGCGGGGCAGCCACUGUCUUGCAAGUUCUGGAAGAUUCUUGGACUACGGCAGUAGAAUUUCUAGUUGUCGGCCUCGGGUUCCUGCCCGCUCAGCGGAGCCGCUGUCGCCAUGUUCGGCUGCUUGGUGGCCGGGAGGCUGGUACAAACAGCUGCACAGCAAGUGGCAGAAGAUAAAUUUGUAUUUGAUUUGCCUGAUUAUGAAAAUAUCAACCAUGUUGUGGUUUUUAUGCUUGGAACCGUUCCAUUUCCUGAGGGAAUGGGAGGCUCUGUCUACUUUUCCUAUCCUGAUUCAAAUGGAAUGCCAAUAUGGCAACUCCUAGGAUUUGUCACAAAUGGGAAGCCAAGUGCCAUCUUCAAAAUUUCAGGUCUUAAAUCUGGGGAAGGAAGCCAACAUCCAUUUGGAGCCAUGAAUAUUGUGCGGACUCCAUCUGUGGCUCAGAUUGGAAUCUCAGUGGAAUUACUGGACAGCUUGGCUCAGCAGACUCCUGUAGGAAAUGCUGCUGUAUCAUCAGUCGAUUCAUUCACUCAGUUCACACAGAAGAUGCUGGACAACUUCUACAAUUUUGCUUCAUCAUUUGCCAUCUCUCAGGCCCAGAUGACACCUCGUCCAUCUGAAAUGUUCAUUCCAGCAAAUGUGGUUCUGAAAUGGUUCUGAAAUGUGUCAUGUUUUGAAGAUAAACGGCUCCACUUAAAAGCAUGAAGUGAAAAGGAUCAUGAAGCCUAAGUCUAAGAGCUGCUGAGUGACUGUGAAGCUUCAUUAAAAUGUCAUAAAACUGAA